AUGGCCCCGUUAGCCGAAAUGGGGAACUACUUGGGCGGUCUGGAAGGUGGACAUGUGGCGGCCCCAUUCUUUCUUCCUGCCGUGGACGCCCCGGUCCUUCUCAGCGAUCACCUCGCUCAGACCGAAAGCAGGCUGUCUCGCAGCACCACCACGGACUUAGUGCAUUUGCAGGGGAUUUUGCGAAGGAGACAGUUGUACUGCAGGACUGGCUUUCAUUUGGAGAUCCUUCCAGGUGGAACAGUACAGGGGACCAGGCGAGACCACAGCCGAUUCGGGAUCCUGGAGUUCAUCAGUAUAGCCGUAGGGUUGGUCAGCAUUAGAGGAGUGGAUAGUGGUCUGUAUCUGGGAAUGAACGACAAAGGAGAAUUGUAUGGCUCGGAAAAAUUGACAGCAGAGUGCAUCUUUAGAGAACAAUUUGAAGAAAAUUGGUAUAACACUUAUUCUUCCAACCUAUAUAAACACAGUGACACGGGGCGACGAUAUUUUGUUGCACUCAAUAAAGAUGGAUCUCCAAGAGAUGGGAGUAGAUCCAAAAGGCAUCAGAAGUUUACACAUUUUUUGCCAAGACCUGUGGAUCCAGAAAAAGUACCUGAACUCUAUAAAGAUUUAUUAGGUUAUAGUUGA